AUGACUAGCAAUAAUUAGGUCUCUGUUCCUUUUCUUCUAAAUUUCUACAACGCUGUGGUGUUUCAGGUUUUCAGCCCUCAACGCCUCUUUCUUCUCGAACCUCCCAACUCUUUCUAUUUUUCCGCAAUUUAUUUUCUUUCAUUUUGCGUUUGUAUUUAUCAUCCUUUUCGUCCCCAAAAUUUUCUGCUUGAUAUUCUCCGAGUUGCUGCUUUUCCCUUCCAUAUAAAGCUUCCAUUUUCAAACCUCCAUUUUCUCUCCAUUUUCUCUCUCCUCUUAUCUUUCGCCUCUGCGUUUUCUCUGUAUGUAUCUAUAAUUAUACGCAUAUAUUCCGAUAGCCUGCUUAAUUUUGGCAAUUGGGUUAUUCGAUCCCGGAAAAAAUUGAUUCUCCGACCCCUUUAUUCGAUUUGAUUGAUUGAAAAGAUCAGAAAUUUGAACCAGGAGGAGCUCAAUCUUGCUUUCCUGAAACGAACCCAGAUUUGGAUUUGCGAAUGGGAAGAGGAGGAGCUGGAAUUGGCAAGGUCAAAGUCUGCAGCUGAAGGUUUUGAUUUUUUUUUAUUUUUUUGUAAAAGCUGGGAUUUUGAUUGUAAAUGUUGUAUUUGAAGCAGCCAAACCCCACAAUUCAUACAUGGGGUUCUUUAGGUGAAUGAAGUUCGAGUAGUUUUUCGGUCGUACAAGAUUUUGUGUGGCUUGGAUUUUGGUUGUUCUGUGCAUGCCAUUCUGAUAGAAACCCUGAGCCUGAGGCUCGGGGAUCUGAAAAUUUCGAAGCUUGAAUUGAUGGCGUCCUCAGAGAAUGAGCCUCUGUCCCAAUUGUGUGGCGACGAAACUCGGCCUCCUCCUCAACACGUAGAUAUGCAGAAAUUCCGGCUAUACGGGACUCGAUCGAACUUUUACAUGAUUGGGAGAGAUAAGAGUAGAACAUAUUGGAGAGUGCUAAAGAUUGACCGGUUGGACCCUUGUGAGCUUAACAUUCGUGAAGAUUCUACUACGUACACCGAAAGAGAAUGUUCUGACCUGUUGAGGCGGAUACAUGAAGGGAACAAGGCCACCGGUGGAUUGAAGUUUGUUACCACUUGUUACGGAAUUGUUGGAUUUGUAAAAUUUCUGGGGCCCUAUUACAUGCUGCUUAUCACGAAAAGAAGACAAAUAGGUGCCAUAUGUGGGCAUACGGUCUAUGCAAUUUCCAAGAGUGAAAUGAUACCACUUCCAAAUUCUUCUGUCCUAUCCAGUACCACUAAUUCUAAAAAUGAAAACAGAUAUAAGAAGCUCUUAAGCACAGUGGACCUUACAAAGGACUUCUUUUUCAGCUACUCAUACCAUGUUAUGCGUAGUCUGCAAAAGAACAUGUGUAAGAAUGAGACAGGUCAUGUCCUUUAUGAAACCAUGUUUGUCUGGAAUGAGUUCUUAACCCGGGGAAUUCGGAAUCACCUCCAAAAUACCGUUUGGACAGUUGCAUUGGUUUAUGGCUUCUUUAAACAGGCCACUUUCUCUAUAUCUGGACGUGACUUCAAGCUGACCCUUAUUGCAAGACGUUCACGUCAUUAUGCAGGCACCAGGUAUCUAAAACGAGGUGUUAAUGAGAAGGGAAGAGUAGCUAAUGAUGUUGAGACAGAACAGAUUGUCUGUGAGGAUGUUCCUGAGGGGUUUCCUAUGCAAAUAAGUUCUGUUGUGCAGAACCGGGGCUCAAUCCCUCUAUUUUGGUCACAGGAAACCUCACGUUUAAAUAUCAAACCAGAUAUAAUAUUGUCAAAGAAGGACCAAAACUAUGAAGCCACUAGGCUUCACUUUGAAAAUCUUGUCAAGAGAUAUGGGAACCCCGUAAUUAUUUUGAAUCUGAUCAAGACACAAGAGAAGAGGCCUCGAGAGUCCAUACUGCGUACAGAGUUUGCUAAUGCAAUUGAUUUCAUUAAUAAAGACCUAUCUGAUGAGAACCGUCUGAGAUUCCUUCACUGGGAUCUCCACAAGCAUUCCCGGAGCAAAGCUAUAAAUGCUUUACUACUCUUGGGCAAGGUGGCUACAUAUGCCUUGACACUAACUGGGUUCUUCUAUUGUCAAGUUAACCCAACACUGCGACCUGACAGUGUCAUUAAGUGGCCUUCCUCUGGGCAUUUUGACAGUGGUAACUUGUCUGUUGAAAUACAUAAUGCUAAUGGUGAUGAGGAAGCUAAUGGUAAAGAGGAUGCCGAUAACAUAGAGUGUAAACCAAGUGGAGGCAGAAAUAUUGCAAAUGGUGAUCAGUCUGUUGAAAUACAUAAUGCUAAUGGUGAUGAGGAAGCUAAUGGUAAAGAGGAUGCUGAUAACAUAGAGUGUAAACCAAGUGGAGGCAGAAAUAUUGCAAAUGGUGAUCAUUCUGUCAAGCCAUCCAUGUUCCAGAGUGGGGUGCUUAGAACCAACUGCAUAGACUGUCUGGAUCGCACAAAUGUUGCUCAGUAUGCAUAUGGGUUGGCUGCAUUGGGACACCAGCUUCAUGCUUUGGGAGCUAUAGACAAUCCAAGGAUAGACCUUGAUGCUCCUUUGGCUGAUGACUUGAUGGGAUUUUACGAAAGAAUGGGUGACACACUUGCACACCAGUACGGUGGUUCCGCUGCUCAUAACAAGAUAUUUUCUGAGAGAAGGGGUCAGUGGAGAGCAGCAACUCAGUCUCAGGAGUUCUUCAGAACUCUUCAACGGUAUUACAGCAAUGCUUAUAUGGAUGCAGAGAAGCAAGAUGCAAUUAAUGUAUUUCUUGGGCAUUUUCAACCACAAGAAGGUAAACCUGCACUGUGGGAAUUGGAUUCUGACCAACAUUAUUACUCUGGGAGGGAUGAAACAAAAGAUAAGGAUCUAGAUGGAAGGUCCAUUUUCAAAAGAUGUUAUUCAGAUGGCAACAUUCUUCGAGAAAGCAGCUCACCUAUUUCAUCCACACAUGUUAAGCAGAAAUUUACAAACCCUUGUAUGCCUGAUCGAUCACAACAAGAAAGCAAGAUUCUUUCGGAGUCAUCACCUGAUAUAUCAACUUCUGAGAGUGAUAUUGCAUUUUCAAGGUACACUCCUUCAAUGCCUCGCAGGCAACUGUUUGGAGAGUUUCAAAGAUUCCGGUGUGAAAGUGAUCAUAUUUACUAUUCUGAACACGGAGAUUCGUACAACUUCUCAAACUUUGUUGACCUAGACUGGCUAUCUUCAUCUGCAAAUUCUUGUGAGGAGGAGCCAUUUGAGAGGUCGUCAGUACUUACAAACUCUCCAAUUGAGGGGCAAUCAUCGGAGAAUAUUGUUAAUGGAAUAAUGGGGGAUCCUACUCCGUCUACAAGUGAAUAUGGACCAAGCUUGAAGGGGAAGGAGCAGACAGGAACGGGGUUGUCCUUUAAUAACGGGGAGAGUUCCAAUGUUCUCGAGGAGUACCCCGAUAGCUUUGUGAACUGGGUCAACUUCGGAGAGACGCUAUGCCACUGAAUUUCUCAAUCAAUUUUCCUCAAUAAUUCGUUCCUGCCUUCAUUUGGCUCGAGCACUUUCCAAAAGAUGCUGAUCCACGGAUCAGAAACUAUUAGAGUGCGUGUUAGUGAUAUCGGGAACAAUGGAGAAACAAAGGCGGUGGAACCGGCGUUCCUCUGGCGUUCGUGAGAGGAUACUAUUCCUAGAGGCAGAUUGUCCCGGCCCUCGGGUACGAUACAGCAGUGAUUUGUUCAUGAAAAGAAGAAAAAAGUCAGUCGGAAGUUAUACCAAAAGUACAGAAGAGUAAAUAGUCAACAGUUAAGAGAUUCUUUAGGAGCUCUUUCUCCGUCAGUUCAUGGAUAAUAGAUUUCAAUCUUGUAAAUAUUUUGCUCGUUGGAGCUCCACUUUAGAAUUGCUGGCCGUCGAUUCUUUUAUUUUCCGUCGUGUUAAUUCGUGGACCGGCGAAAAAACUGACUUUGCCGGGUAACUGUUGCGGAAUAUCAGACCCUACUGUUGUAGUAGUACAACUGAUGAUGCAGCGAUUCUUCUUGCCUCUAAGCGCUAAUUUUAGGCCUAGCCUUUCAAGACCAGGCGUUUGGCAUAAAGAUUCACUGUACAAAUAUUCAUUCAAUAAGUUGUCCAAUUUGGCCCAAUAAAAAUUUCACCAUUUAAUUCA